AUGUACCACUCUGUCCGUAACAUUCAAGAUGAAACGAAAUUCAAUUUCACUCGUAACUUUAUCAAGCUUGGAUAUAAAAUCGUGGAUCUAGAAUUUUCAUACUUGACCACGAUGGAAAUGAAGGAUUGGAGUGACUUGUUUCAAUCUCUUUCGAAACAACAUUCCGAGCUGACACGCUUGACCAUAGCAAACUGUAAAAUUUCGGAUUCAUGUCUUUAUGACAUAUUCUCUGAAAAGAAUGUAAACACAUUUCAACAACUGAAAUAUCUUGAUUUACAAGGAAAUUUAAUUUCACAAAGUGCAGCUUUCACCAUUUCACAACCUUUUGUAACACAAUUGAACUACUUAAAUAUUUCCAUGAAUGUGAAUAUAGGAGAUGAAGGUAUUCAUGAAUUUGUGAAAAGCGGAGUUUUAAACAAUUUACAAAGUUUCAUUUUACAAAGAACACAAUGCACUGCUCAAGGUGUUAAAAGUGUUACACUAUUGAACCAACUGACACAUUUGGAUUUGUCUAAAAACUCCAUCCAAGCAGAAGGUAUUUCAAAUUUAGUGCAAAACAUCACAUUGUGUCAAAAUUUGAAAGUAUUGAAACUAUGUCAUUGUGGGUUACGGGUGGCAGGAAUGAAUACGCUUAUUUCAGCCGAAGUUCAUUUCAAAAACUUAAGGCAUUUGGACUUGGAAUGGAAUCGACUGGAAGAGGAAGGAAUUCAAACACUCUGUUCAAGCUCGCUAUUGAAACAAGUGACUUAUUUAAAUUUAAAGUUGAAUGGAGUUAAUGAUAGGGCCGCUCAAUGUAUUGCACACAGUCCGCAUUUGCAACAACUGACAGCCUUAAAUUUGGCACAAAAUCACAUAUCCCAUGUCGGAGCUUUGGCUUUGCUAACAAGCACGACCUUACGACCCACUCUUAGAAUGUUAAAUUUAAAUUUGAACAAUGUUCAUGAUGAACACCUAAAGAAAACACUACAACAAGAACCAAACUAUGAAAUUUUAAAGACGGGAUUAAAUUUGUUGGAGUGA